UUCUCCUUAAGCUUUAUUCUUAAAAAGAUAAGAACAUCUUCCCUCUUUCUCUUCUGCACUUCUGCCCUUCUGCAGCAUUAAAUACUUAAGACUCCCUCUUUUCCUUUAACUUUUUCUUCCAUCCACUCUUCAUUCUUAAUACAUCCAAUAUAUGUUAUUCAUUCCUUUUGCUCUUCAAAUCAUAACCCACUCAUUACCCUUUAAACCCCUCAUCUUUCUGUCACCCUUCUCUCAUGUUUCUGACCUCCAACGCCCUACUCAUGAACCCGCCGGACCUCUCCUUGCACAUCAGCCUCCCCUUCUUCGCCCCGCCCUCUCACAAUUCUGAUUUGACCCAUCAAAAUGGUUUCUUCCGCUUAGGAUAUGAACCGGGCCAUGUGGGUCGUCCUCGUUCUCGUCACCAAGCUUAUAACGUCGUCCAUGGCCGCCGCCGUGACUUUAAACGAAGUGGUGGCGGGUGUGGAGUGAGAAGAAGCAUCCGAGCUCCUAGAAUGAGAUGGACUACGACGCUUCAUGCUCAUUUUGUACACGCUGUUGAGCUUCUUGGCGGCCAUGAAAGAGCUACUCCAAAAUCAGUAUUGGAGCUUAUGAAUGUCAAGGAUCUAACCCUAGCUCAUGUCAAAAGCCAUUUGCAGAUGUUCCGAACAGUGAAGAACAGUGUGAAGAAGGGAACAGACGAUUAUGGAAGGCCUGAGAUUGAAGCAGAUGGGGUUUUAUCUUCUUCUUCUUCUUCUUCUUCUUCAUCAUCAUCAUCAUCUUCUUUAUCUGUGUGCAGAGGCAAUAGUUGCGAGAGGACCAACUCAAACGGUGACGUUUUGCAAAGGAUUAAUUUAGAGUUCACUCUUGGAAGACCUAGUUGGCAAUUGGAUUAUGGGGAUGCAAAUAAUAAUAAAGUUUAAAAUAACAAAGUUUAGUGUGUUUUUAUUAUUGUAUUAAGAAAAUAUGAGUAGAAAUGAAUGCCGGGAAUGAAGGUGCUCCUACAUGCCCCCAUGUCCAUGCCCAUGCCCAUUUCUUGGCCAUCUUCACCUUUGAGGUGCUCAUCGGCUUCAGUCCCGCACUCUUGCAGCACAAUGGCUAGCAAUGGCUCUACACACUGGCUACAACCAUGCCUUCUUGAGCCCUCAAAUUUUCAUUUACUCUCACUAUAAAUUUUAACAUUCAAGUGGUCAUGUUUCUUAAAAAGUUAUGUUCGUUUUCAAAUAUCUUAGAUGUCUGUAAGUUACUUUAUAGUGAGUUAUUUGACUCUCGAACAUGGAUGAAUUGGUUUACGAUGCUGA